GCGGCGCGGGCCGGGAGCGCCGCAGCGGGAGGAGGGUCUCCGAGCCUGUCCGGGUCUGCGAGCGCUCUGAGCCUGCGUCCAGCGAGGGGGAGGGUUUCCCCGGCCCGGCCGGAGGGGCGGCGGGGCGCUCCUGGCUCCCAGGGCGAUCGACUGUCAAGCGAGCGGGCGAGCGGAGCCGCCGGAAGUGUCUGCGCGCCGCGAGAGAACUUUCCUGCUCCGACCGCGGCCCUGAGCCUCCGCCGCCUCCGCGCUCCCGGCGACGAUGCGCCCGGAUGACAGCGACCUGAGCGGACCCGCGCCUCGGCCCGCCUCCCGCGUGUGCGCUCGCCUCGCCUCGGGGGAAGAAGCCUGAGCCCGGAGGCGUCCGCGCGCCGCGGAGCCCGGCGCAGGCGGCGCGGCGCGCGGGACCCGCUUCCUCUGCGCGUCCUCCCCUCGCAUCCCGGCUCGUUCCCCGCGAUCGCGCGUCCCCGGCGCCGGCCGCGGUCGCCGGCUGUCCCCGCCCUGACCGCCGGCCCGGACGUGUCCCCGGCGGCCGCUGGCAGUGCCUGUGCCAUGGGGCUGCCGACUCUGGAGUUCAGCGACUCCUACUUGGACAGCCCGGAUUUCAGGGAGCGCCUGCAGUGUCACGAGAUUGAGCUGGAGAGAACCAACAAGUUCAUCAAAGAGCUCAUUAAGGACGGCUCUCUGCUUAUCGGGGCCCUGAGGAAUCUGUCUAUGGCAGUACAGAAAUUUUCCCAGUCACUGCAAGAUUUCCAGUUUGAAUGUAUUGGUGAUGCUGAAACAGAUGAUGAAAUUAGUAUUGCUCAGUCACUAAAAGAAUUCGCAAGACUACUCAUCGCAGUAGAAGAAGAACGGAGAAGACUGAUUCAAAACGCUAAUGAUGUAUUAAUUGCGCCACUUGAGAAAUUUCGCAAAGAACAAAUAGGUGCAGCAAAAGAUGGAAAGAAGAAAUUUGACAAGGAGAGUGAAAAAUACUAUUCUAUUCUUGACAAGCAUUUAAAUUUGUCUGCAAAGAAAAAGGAGUCUCAUUUGCAAGAGGCAGAUACACAGAUUGACCGAGAACAUCAGAACUUCUAUGAGUCAUCACUAGAAUAUGUCUUUAAAAUUCAAGAGGUUCAAGAAAAAAAGAAGUUUGAAUUUGUUGAACCGCUUUUGUCUUUCCUUCAGGGUUUGUUUACUUUUUACCACGAGGGAUAUGAACUCGCCCAGGAAUUUGCACCAUAUAAACAACAGCUGCAGUUCAACUUGCAGAAUACAAGAAAUAAUUUUGAAAGUACUCGACAAGAGGUAGAGCGGUUGAUGCAAAGGAUGAAAUCUGCCAAUCAAGAUUACAGACCACCCAGCCAAUGGACAAUGGAAGGCUACCUUUAUGUCCAGGAGAAACGACCACUUGGCUUUACGUGGAUUAAACAUUAUUGUACAUAUGAUAAGGGAAGUAAAACAUUUACAAUGAGUGUUUCAGAAAUGAAAUCCAGUGGGAAAAUGAAUGGCCUUGUUACUAGCUCACCAGAAAUGUUUAAAUUAAAAUCUUGUAUUCGACGAAAGACAGAUUCAAUUGAUAAACGAUUCUGCUUUGACAUAGAAGUAGUUGAAAGGCAUGGAAUCAUCACAUUGCAAGCCUUUUCAGAAGCUAAUCGGAAACUCUGGCUUGAAGCCAUGGAUGGGAAGGAACCGAUUUAUACCCUGCCUGCGAUUAUUAGCAAGAAAGAAGAAAUGUACUUAAAUGAAGCAGGGUUCAACUUUGUGAGAAAAUGCAUUCAAGCUGUGGAAACGAGAGGCAUCACCAUUUUAGGUCUGUACCGAAUAGGAGGAGUGAACUCCAAAGUUCAGAAACUCAUGAAUACCACAUUUUCUCCCAAAUCCCCUCCUGAUAUGGACAUUGAUAUUGAACUGUGGGAUAAUAAGACAAUAACAAGUGGGCUGAAAAACUACCUCAGGUGCCUUGCAGAACCACUGAUGACUUAUAAAUUACACAAAGAUUUUAUUGUUGCUGUUAAAUCUGAUGAUCAAAACUACCGGGUGGAGGCUGUACAUGCAUUGGUGCACAAAUUGCCAGAGAAAAAUAGAGAGAUGCUGGACAUCUUAAUAAAGCACCUGGUCAAAGUGUCACUACAUAGCCAGCAAAAUCUUAUGACUGUCUCAAACCUUGGUGUCAUAUUUGGUCCGACUCUAAUGAGAGCACAGGAAGAAACUGUGGCUGCCAUGAUGAAUAUUAAAUUUCAGAAUAUUGUGGUUGAAAUUCUGAUAGAGCACUAUGAAAAGAUUUUUCAUACUGCCCCAGACCCCAGCAUUCCUCUUCCUCAGCCUCAGUCUCGAUCUGGAUCCCGAAGGACACGUGCAAUCUGCCUCUCCACGGGCUCCCGGAAGCCCAGAGGGAGGUAUACUCCAUGCUUGGCAGAACCUGAUAGCGACUCCUAUAGCAGCAGCCCAGACAGCACACCCAUGGGGAGCAUCGAGUCCCUUUCCUCUCACUCCUCUGAACAAAACAGCACAACAAAGUCCGCUUCCUGCCCUCCCCGGGAAAAAUCUGGAGGGAUUCCUUGGAUUGCAUCCCCGUCACCUUCCAAUGGACAGAAAAGUCUUGGUCUCUGGACAACUAGUCCCGAGUCAAGUUCUAGAGAAGAUGCAACCAAAACGGAUGCAGAAUCAGAUUGCCAGAGUGUCACCUCGGUCACUAGCCCGGGGGAUGUGUCCCCACCCAUAGACCUGGCCAAGAAAGGGCCUUAUGGGCUUUCAGGACUGAAAAGAGCCUCCACUUCCUCUCUCAGAUCCAUCUCUGCAGCGGAAGGAAACAAGAGCUACAGUGGAUCCAUUCAAAGCUUAACUUCCGUAGGUUCCAAAGAGAUGCCCAAAGCCCCGCCAAACCCAGACCUGCCUCCAAAAAUGUGUAGGAGGUUAAGGCUAGACACUGCCUCCAGCAAUGGCUACCAGCGACCCGGCUCCGUUGUGGCAGCAAAGGCCCAACUGUUUGAGAAUGCUGGUUCACUUAAGUCAGUUUCUUCUGGGCGCCAAGCCAAAGCCAUGUAUUCCUGUAAAGCAGAGCACAGCCACGAGCUUUCCUUCCCACAGGGGGCGAUAUUUUCCAAUGUGUACCCAUCAGUGGAACCAGGAUGGUUGAAGGCAACUUAUGAAGGCAAAACAGGACUCGUCCCAGAAAAUUAUGUUGUCUUCCUCUAAUACUAUUUAGUGGAUGGCAGUAUCUUCAUGGUAUCCAUGGUAACAAAUAAUAAGUGCUAUGAUUUUAUCUGACACAGAUAUGGGUAUCAGCCCAUUAAAAUGAAAACAGUCAAUUUCUAUCAAGUUUUAUACCAGCAGACCAGCAGACUAUGUAGCUCCCUAUUAAUGGAAGGGGAAAAAAUGUUUAAAUUGUGUGCCAUUCUUUGUUUUAUUUUUUAUUUUUUGACCGGUUUCUUAUUUUAAAAUAGCUUAUCCUUCCCUCCCCCACUUUUUUUCUGGAUAAGUAACUCUCCACAACGUCUCUUUCAUAACAAUUAUAGAAUCUCAAAUACUGUAUUACGUACUAUAUCCCAGAAAUUUGGAAACCAGAAAUCUGCUAUAGGACUUUUGAGAUCUGCCGAUUACUGCCUGGCAUACUCUGAGAAACCUUGGAAUAAUUACUAAAAAAUGUAAUUUAAGUUGUUCAUUUAUUACUUUUUCUUAAAAAUAUAUUGCUUUUAUAUAUGAUUGUUUUGCUGGUCCUAAACAUUUCAAGGAAAUAAGGUUUUUUUUUAACAUAAGUUUAUUUUUAUUUGUUUACCAAGUAGAUGAUAAUACUCAAAAGCAAAGCUGUAUAUGAUGUCUGUAAAUGAAAUCAAAUUAGGUCGUACACUGAUUCCACUGUGAACACUCUGUCCAGCGUUCCAGAUGCCGUCUAUGGGCUUAGAGCAGGGAUCAGCAAACUCUUUCUAUAAAGGCCUGAUAGUAAGUAUUUUGGGCUUAGCAGGCCCUGUGGUCUCCAUCACACUACUCCACUCUGCCAUUGUAGCAGAAAACAGCCAUAGGCUGCAUGUACAUGGCUGUGGCUGUGUACCAACACAGCUUUCUUUCAGGACACUGAAAUUUGAAAAUCAUUAAAUAUUAAUUUGACUUUUAAAAAUCCAUUUAAAAAUAGAAGAGUUUUUAGCUGAUGGGCAAUACGCAAACAGAUGGCAGGCCAGAUUUGACUCAUGUGUCAUGGUUUGCUGACCCCUGGUUUAAAGGAUGUGUAAAACUAUAAGUUUGAGAUUUUAUAAAAUUUUAUUCCAUUAACAUAUAAAUACUGAUAAAUCAUAUGCACAUAUCCUCUGCUAGUAGCAUUAUAGUGUUAUUACAAAUGUAUAAUUACAGUAAUAGGAAAACAAUGUAAAAGUGCAGUAUACAGGCAUAAGACUUAAAUUCUAAUUGUAAUUCUGUAAAAUGCCAAAGUAUUUUAUUGAUAUCUAAUUUUGGCUUUUGAGAAAUUCUCCUACAAAUGACAAAGAUGCUGUUUUAAGACAAUGGCAAGGACACUAUGCCUUCUAAAGUCUAUGCUUAGUUGAAACAUAAUAUAAACAUAAAGGUACAGGAUUCUUAAAUUAUUUUGAACCAGCGUUUGAAAUUGUCUCAUCAUCUUUAGCAGGAAUAAAGUCAUACGUAAUUUUCCGUUAUGCCUUUCAAUUUAUAGCCUUUAUCAGAAAUUUCACUGAAUUUAUAGAGCAUAGAAAUAGGUAUUUACUAUCCAUUUAUAUAUACCAUCAGCAUCUGGUCAUGCAUCAACUAUUAUUUCCAUUAUUUCUAUUUUUAUAAUCCUCAUAUUAUUUCUAUACACAUCUGCAUGUGGCAAAGAGCAUUUCUUCUCAAGAUUCCAAAAAGCUGGCUCCCUGCCAUCGACUGCCAUAGCACUGGCCCCCUUGACCACAGUAUUUUACUUGUUACUUCAAAGUUCUUCACUGUACACACACUCAGGUAUUGACUGUAGACAGUUCUUUUUAUGCGAUAUUAUGAUCUGUAAUCUCAAUCUCUUCUACUUUAAAUUAAUGUUUCUAGAGUUAUAGGUUAAAUUAUACACACACACAUACACUACUAUGCCUUGGUGCAUUUAUGCUUUUAAAAUUAAAAAUGGAAUAAUGGAUUGGGAUUUAAAGGUAAAGAGAAUAACGGUAGGCAGAAUCACAACCAGAAAUAAAUAUCAGUGCAUUGAAAUAAAGGAAUAAAAAAUAUUUAAUGUUAUAGAAAUUAGUAAUAUAAUGAAAAAGUCUGAUACGUAUGUCUCUUUUUUUUUACCUGCUACUGUUGAUUUUUGUACACUAUAAUUAUGUAUCACUAGAGCGUCUCGGUCUCUAGAUCCUUGGUGGCCCUUAGUAAUAGUAAGUGCAUUGCUUGACACCCUGACAACUCUCUGCUGGAACAGAGGUUGUCUCUCUAGUCGACUAAUCCCUUAGUCUACAACACCCUCAGUUAAAGCACCUUUGCGAGCAUCUGGCAUCCUACUAAAUUAGAGCCUCUUAAGGCAAAUUGAUUUUCUUUCAAAGACCAACUUGACUCCAAAAAGUGAUUCAGAGUCCUACUUCACUAGCUGCUGCAUAGAGAAAUCUCAACCUUCAUUUUAUUUUAACACAGGCCAGAGUGUUCCUGCCUCUGAGUUGUCUGUGAGCUAAUUCCACAGAUGCUCCAUGAGAAAUUAAAGUUUUCGCUGUAAAAGACAUGGGCGUGAGGCCCCUCUCCUUUCUUAUGCUGAGGCGUAUAUUGUAGCCGUAUUUUUGAUACGGUCCCUUUUUUGAAACAAGCUACAAAAGUGCUUGUUCAAAUCGUGCUUUUGUUUGAAGUUUUAAUGUUACAGAUUUGUGAGGAUGGUUCUUUUUUCUUCAUAUUGAUUGUGUGUGGAAGCAAGUCGUGUCCAUAUAUGCUAGAGAUAGACUGAAGCUGCUUCUCCCUAGAAAUGUUUCCAACAGAUGAAUCAUUUAUAAGCAUUGAGAAAAUCAGGACAUGUGCUCUAAAUCACAUGGAAUAUUAAUUACACAGCAAGGUAAUUAAUGCCAGUCACUAGAAGAGGAUCACAUUGGAAACUAUAACAGUGUUUCAAUAAUGAAACCUUAGCUUUUCAGAGACAUAGUGAAUGAAGAUAUGUUAGAAUUGCCACAUCUACACCUUUGAAACAUACAACAUGGGCCCCCUAAUCCCUGCCGACAGUAUAAUCAGUAUGAGAGUGAGAUUAUGAGUCCCAGUCAUCUCAUCUGUUAGGUGGAAAUAUCCUCAAGUACAAAAUCUUUAUGUAUUUAACAGGUGACUUUUGUUGUGCCAUAACACCACCAACUUAUAGGAACUAGUCAGUUCACUGAAGGCCUUUUCUGUUAUGUGUAAGUGUCUGAGCAGUGAAAUAAUCUUUGUAUCCCUCUGAAGUCUGUGAAGUUUGAGAA